CACCCGCCACAGAUCCCGUACAUUUCAGCUUGUUAAAGACAUUGAACGAACAGGUAGUCAAAAAGUUGAAAACGUUCAGUGGUCGCAAUCAGAAUGUGGUAACUUGGUUAGAUGAAUUGGAAAUACAGUUUAGUGCUCAUGGUUGGAGCGAGGAGGUCAGAUUGAAAUGUAUACCGACCGUCCUGCUGGAUCAUGCACUUAAAUGGUAUACCCGAGCUGCUACUACUAUAAACUCAUGGAAAGAUUUCGUUACACAAAUUAAAGAUGAAUUUGGUUCAAAAUUUAGUCAACAAAUAGCAUUUGAACGAAUGAUAAAUUAUCAACAAGGAAUUAAUCAGUCUGUUUACGAUUUCUAUUGGGGAAUGCUAGAUAUUAGUCGUGAAAUUGAUCCACAACCAACAGCUCAUAAUAUUUUGCAACACCUGAUUUCAAAUGUAAAGCCUUCUCUGAAAGUAAAGAUUAUGGAAAAAGAUCCAAAAACUUGUGCUGACUUCUUGUAUCAUGCUAAAUUUUUCGAACAAGUGGCGCCAUUUAAACUACAGGAAGAGGCUCAAGCUAUCUAUGCGCCAUCCCAGCGACGAUGGCCAACACAACAACGACCACAACAGCAGAUAAAUUCAGAUAGUGUUCAGAGUAAUCCACCACCAGCCGCUCCACAACAGGCAGUUGCUUCUCAACCUGCCGCUCCAGUAUCCAAUGCACACAAACCAUCAAGUAAAGGACAGGUAUUUGAAAAUUCCAAUAAUCGUGGCCCGUAUUCAAACUAUUCUGGUUGUCAUAUUUGUGGGUCAACACUUGAACACUAUGCCCGAAACUGUCGUGAACGACAGGGUUUCGAGCAGUGGAGUCAUUGA